UUAUGGGAAAGAAAAAGGUGAAAAUAGGGAGUCACUUGGGUCUCCACUUUUCCAUAGGAAAUGCUCUUGCUCUUGGAAAAGAUUUUGGUUAUGGGAAAGAAAAACCAAUGAAGAUAGAGAAUGUGUUAACUUCCAUUGGAGAACUUUGUGAAAUGGUGAAGAUGGGUGCUUGA